GGGGACCAUUUCUAUAUAACUGAUGGUAAAGUUGCCCGUCUCUCCAUAAUCUAUCAGUGUGUUUAAGCCGAUUCUUUGAGCAUCGACCUGUCCAACUGCCUUAAUCAAGAUGACGUGGUCGACGCUGGCCGUCGUGGUGAUCUUCGCAGUGAUCGCAAGCGUGCAUUCAGCUAUCAACGAAGCAAGACCACACAGUAACAGACCUGGAAGAUUUUUGUCCUUGCCAGUACCGCAAAAAUGCGCAAGCAGACCAAAGGAAUUCAGCUUUAGAGGACGCAAUUAUUUCUACAGUGGUCAUGUGCCACAACAUUCCAGUCAAAAAGUCGAUUGGUUAGAUGCCAGGAACAUUUGUAGAGAAUAUUGUAUGGACCUUGUAUCUCUCGAAACGCAAGAAGAAAACAAUAUGAUUUUCAAACUGAUUCAACAAAAUGACGUACCUUAUAUCUGGACUUCCGGCCGUCUCUGUGACUUCAAGGGCUGCGAAAACCGCCGUGACCUGGAACCCAAAGCUAUUUAUGGAUGGUUCUGGUCUGCAAACAGGGAGAAGAUGGCACCCACAAACCUUCUUCCCAACGGCUGGUCUUACAAUCCAUGGUCGCAAACUGGUCACAAAAAAGUCCGCCAACCUGAUAAUGCUGAAUUCGAUAUCAACGGUACCAACGAAUCCUGCCUUUCUGUUCUCAACAACGUUUACAACGAUGGUAUCGCAUGGCACGAUGUUGCUUGCUAUCACGAGAAACCCUUCGUUUGCGAAGAUUCUGAGGAGCUUUUGAAUUAUGUCGCAAGCACUAACAGGGGAAUUCGCCUUUAAGAAAUAAGCCCUCCAUAUAAAUCCCGCCAUCCCUUCUCGAAUCCUACUCCAAUCCACGAACAUCCGAUUUCAUCAUUUUUUACACAUUUUUUUGACAUUCUACUUUUCUAAGUCGGAACUCUUAAUCCCAGUGGGAAAUCGACAUAAUUUGUUUUUUUUUUUGGUUUAACGAUAUGAUCCUUUAAGAGUAAACAGAAAGCCUCGAGUGUUUAGGUGAUCAGCAACCGAACCUGUUUCAUAGCUGUACGAUUUUUGCAAUUAUCAGACGAAAUUGAGAAAUACGUUUGUACUUCGUUUUAUGUACUUGUAAUUACUAUAAUUGAUAAAGAUUUAUUGAUAAUGUACACAUAUUUAUUGAUAGAAAUCUGGUAAUUCGUCUCUUGUACAUUUUGCGAAUAAAUUGUGACGUAGACGAAA